GCCGUCCGUAGUGCUGCUGCUGCUAUUUGCUCCUGGUCGACUGUGGCUAGCGAGCGACUCCAGCCUAUGAAUGGUCCACAAAGCAAUUAACUGUGUGUUCUCUGUAGAAUUUCAUAUCGAAACUUCACGGGCGCCAAGAAGGCCUCUUUCUCCUUUAUUAGCAACUGAAAAGACCCCAGUAUCACCCGUUGGAUGAGAACGUUGUGCACGGAAUUAGAGCCACUUAGCAGGCCCUAUCGCCAUUGCUUUGUAAGGCGUCUGGCUAGCUACCGAAUUCUUCAGCUAGCCAAACUGUUCGUGAAUCCGAGCAACACGGAGCAUCAAGAUGAAGAAGAAAUCUCGGCAGCACCGGGCUGCGGUGCCGCAGAGGCCGCCGUCUCCCAUCAAACCUUCCCCCAACAAGCAGAUCUUGACCUACGCCCAGGCACAGCGCAUGGUGGAGUUUGAGAUCGACGGCCGCAUCCAUCGGCUCAGCGUAUAUGAUAAGCUGGAUGUGAUCUCAGAUGAUGACCCCAUGGUGCAGGAGAUGAUGGAGUGCACCAGCAAUAAAGAGAAUGCUGAGAAACCACAGCAGCAGGUCCUCCUAAGAUCAGUGAGACUAAAAAACAACCAGGAGAAGAGAAACGCUGCACUGGGCAUCACUGGUCACGGAGAAGGAGCGGGGCAUCAUGCUGGUGGUAAUGCUGGUCCAAAGCUUCCAGAGCCUAAAUUCCGUACAGUGGAAUAUAACCUCCCUGCAGUUCCUAAGCGUCCAGCAGCCUUUUAUAAAUACACAGAGAAAACUGAGGAAGAGCUGGAUGAAGAAACGGAAUAUGACAUGGACGAGGAAGAUUACGCCUGGCUAGAUUUGGUCAAUGAAAAACGGCGAAGCGAAGGGGUCAGUCAGGUAUCCCACAAUGUUUUUGAGUUCCUUGUUGACCGCUUUGAGAAAGAGUUGUACCUGGAGAGCCUGGAUCAAGGCACUGAAAAGCAAGCUCCCAUAGAUGAGGAUGCUGUCUGCUGCAUCUGCAUGGAUGGCGAGUGUCACAACAGCAACGCUAUUUUAUUUUGUGAUAUGUGCAACGUGGCUGUGCAUCAGGAAUGUUACGGUGUGCCCUACAUUCCGGAGGGCCAGUGGCUGUGCAGACACUGUCUCCAGUCACCCACUCAGCCCGCAGACUGCAUCCUUUGUCCCAACAAGGGUGGAGCAUUGAAAAAGACAGAUGAUGACCGCUGGGGCCACGUGGUGUGUGCACUCUGGGUCCCCGAGGUCGGCUUCUCUAACACCACUUUUAUUGAACCCAUUGAUGGCGUCAGCCACAUUCCUCCAGCUCGCUGGAAGCUCACCUGCUACCUCUGCAAGGAGAAAGGUGUUGGGGCAUGCAUCCAGUGCCACAAAGCCAACUGUUACACCGCCUUCCAUGUCAGCUGUGCCCAAAAUGCUGGCCUCUUUAUGAAGAUGGAACCAAUCAAAGAGGUAACAGAAGCAGGAGAACCCACCUUCUCUGUGAAAAAAACGGCCUACUGUGGAGCCCACACACCUAAUGGGUGUGUAAGGAGACCCCUUACAAUCUAUGAUGAUGCCAAACCCAAAAAUGGACUAUGUAAGAAAGUGGACAAAGGCAGAGCUGCUGGUAAAGGACAGUCAAAAGGCAAGCAGAAGAAAAAGAGUAAGAGUAAGAGGCCUGAGCCUGAAGUUGAAAGCGAAGCUGCAACCGCUGCUACUGUGCCUACUUUUCCUGCUCACAGGUUACAAACCAUUCUGAACCAGGUGUCAGUCCAGAAGAAGAAAGCUUUUGUGGAGCUGGUCCUAAAUUACUGGACACUAAAGAGGCAAUCCAGGAACGGGCUUCCUCUCAUCAGACGCCUUCAGACAAGCCUGCAGUCUCAGAAGAAUGCGCAACCGGUUUGUUCAUCUAGGCAGAGUGAGGAGGAGAGCAGGGCAUUAAAGGACCAGCUGAAGGAAUGGCACCGCCUCCGACAUGACCUGGAGAGAACACGGCUGCUGCUGGAGUUAAUCCGCAAGAGGGAGAAGCUGAAGAGAGAAGAGAUUAAGCUGCAGGAGACCCUUCUAGAGAUGCAGCUGACUCCCUUCAGUAUUUUGCUCAGAGCUCUGUUGGACCAGCUUCAGGCAAAAGACCAGGCCAGGAUCUUCGCCCAGCCAGUUGAUGUCAGCGAGGUGCCUGACUACCUCGACCACAUCAAGCACCCAAUGGAUUUCUCCACCAUGCGGCAGCGCAUUGAUGCCCAGGCCUACAACAAUUUUGAGCAGUUUGAGAGUGACUUCAAUCUCAUUAUUGAAAAUUGCAUGAAGUAUAACUCAAAGGACACCUAUUUCUACCGUGCUGCUGUUCGCCUGCGAGAUCAGGGCGGUGCCUUACUUAGAAAGGCCCGGCGUGACGUAGAGAAAAUCGGCUUUGACACGGAAAGCGGCAUGCAUCUGGCAAGUGCUCCGGAAUUCAAAGCACCACCAGCCUUUUCUUGGGAGGAUGUGGACCGCCUGCUCGCACCAACCAAUCGGGAGCAUCUGUCUCUGGACAAACAGCUGCAGCAGUUACUGGAGAAGUUUGACCAGACCUGUGCCAUGAAGUCCAGCCCCUCCCGUAGCAAGCGUCUCAAGCUACUCAAAAAGACCAUCAACGAUGUUCGCAAUGAAAUGAGCCUAAAAAGGGUCCUACCCUCCCACCACCACCACCACCACUGUUCUUCCUCCAUAGCUGCCUCCACAUCAGCAUCAUCUUCAUCAGCUCCCUCCCACUCAGAGACGGGUAAAUCUAAAGAAGAGAGACUGAAACCUAAUGGACAUUUUCCGGACGAUGAGGGAGACAAGUCUCUUCCUCCUAAACUGGAGCCUUCAGACUCCAUACCACCCCUUAUCCACUCAGACACAGAUCCUGAGCCCCCCACCCUGAAACCGAUCGACGCCGGCCCAGACUGUGAUGACAAGACUCACAGCAAGCAAGUCAAGUUUGACGGGCAAAUCCCAGACCUCCUCUCCUCUGCUCCACGCCUCAACGGCCACUCCCGCGACGGCCUCCAGAACUCUUUGCUGGACGGAGAUGUGAGCGUGGUGGCCACAUCGACUGUCGCCGAGCCCACGGGAACGGUUAACCGUCGGACUGCCGUGCUUUUCCGCAAAUCGAAGGCCGCCAGUCCACACAAGCCCCCGCGGACCGGAGACGGAGAGGGGGCUGACAGCGCCGACAGGAAAGAAGGCGAGGAGGAGGAAGAUGAAGACGGCGCGCAGCUGGGUUCCAAAUCCUUCCUGUCAGUGGUCAUACCACGGCUGGAGACGCUGCUUCACAGCAAGAAGAGGAAGCACAGUAGCAGCAGAGACAGCGAGGAGGAGGGGGGAGGAGAGGGAGAGCAUGAAGAGGAGGGAGAGUCUCCUGUGAAACGGCUUGACACUGGUCUGUCAAGUGGUUUUAUGGAGGUGGAGGAGGAGAAGGAGCUAGAAGAACCCAGCAGAACCAGUAGACCUGUGGAGCCACGAAGACGCUGUGCCUCUGAGUCCUCCAUCUCCUCAUGUAGCAGUCUGCCAGGAAGCACCAGCACCAUUCUCAGUCUUCCAAAAUGUGGGAAGGGAAAACCCGCCUUGGUCCGGAGAAACACUGUGGACGACAAGAGCGAAUUAAUCGCCUGCAUCGAAACCGGGAAUUUUGCUAAAGCAGCACGAAUCGCUGCUGAGGUUGGCAACAGCAAUAUCUGGAUGCCCGCUAGCGCUGCAACAGUUGCAUUGGAACCCCUAAAGCUAGUUUGGGCCAAAUGUAGUGGAUACCCUUCCUACCCAGCCUUGAUCAUCGACCCCCACAUGCCACGUGUGGGCUGCCAGCACAACGGGGUGUCCAUCCCCAUGCCCCCCAUGGACGUGCUCCGCAUCGGAGAACAGAUGCAGUACAAAGCCGAAGAGAAACUCUACCUCGUCCUCUUCUUCGACAACAAGCGCAGCUGGCAGUGGCUUCCUAGAUCCAAGAUGGUUCCUCUGGGGAUGGACAAGACCAUAGACAAGAUCAAAAUGAUGGAGGGACGCACAUCCAGCAUUCGCAAGGCUGUCCAGGUCGCCUUCAGCCGUGCCAUGAACCACCUGAGCAUAGUGCAGGACGAGCCAGUCAGCGACCUCAGUGACGUGGACUGAUGACUGCUGCUGGCUCUCUCCCCCUCACACACACACACAUGAGCUUGUACCUCUCCUGUACCAAAUAACCCCCCCCCCCCCCCCCCCCCCCCCCCCUUCUCUCUGUCUCUGCAGGAGACUCAAAUGUUUACUGGGCACCUGCUGUAACAGGUGGUGUCUGCUCCUCAUCCAUUCCUACUCGUACACACUCCUACCAUGUGCCGAUGGGAUACGGCUGCUGCUGAAAUGAAUGUGUCUAUCUAUCCUCUCCACCUCCAGGCUUGUAACUGUGUUUAGAGACUGCUCCCUUUUUUUCGUCACUCUCACCCUCGCUCCACCAAUCAUGACUGUCAUUUUCAUUUAUCACCUCAAGGCAGAAAAAAAAACGUUAGUGAUUGAUGCCGUACAUUUUGGUAACCUUACCAAAUGUGCCUGUGGUGUCAAGACUUGGUAGCAAGACAAAAACCGGUUUUCACAUUUUGGAUGCGUCUGAUAAGUUGUUCAGCUCUGUCCGUUAUUAUUUGGCAUUUGUCAAAUCAUCAUUUUGGUUACAAGUUAAUAAAAAAGAAGCAUUUAGCAGCUGGUAAACUAGCUAAAGUGGAUUUCAUUUCCUGCUUACAUGAAGGCUUCUCAGUUGCACUGAACCAGCUGUUGCCAGAGCUUACGUUUAUAUCAAGGUCACAUUUACAUGCUGAAGUCAUCUCCAUUUACAGAUAUCUUCCUUUGUAUUUAAACUGUAAAUAAUCUGUACAGUUGCCUGACACUAACUUAUUUUGUAGUUUUGACAUAAAUGGGUACUGUACAGGAGUUUUCUUAGUAUUUAUACUUGAUGCAUUCUUGGCACUAAGGUGUGAGUGCUGUUUUGCCAGUGAUGUGUGAUCAAGAAGAAUUUAAAAAAGAAAAAAGUGCGAAAGCCUUCGUAUUAAGGAGAUUAGGGCUAAAAUGUCAUGUUUCUGAAAAGUAUGAAAGUAUUCCCUUUUUCAUUUUUUUUUUUAAGUUAUUGAAGUUUAUAAUCAUAAGCUUCCAUUUGGCAGUAAUCCUUUUUGUAUAAAAAUAGUUUUAGUAUAUUUUUGUUCAUAUAUAUUUAUAUGAUUUGAAUAUACAGUAAAAUAGUAUGUAAGUCUCUGAAGCUCAUACAGACAGUCUGAUGUUGUGGACACAGAACAUAUAUUGUUCUCAAGAAACCAAAAAUGUUGCUACCCAGAUGUUUUUUGCUGAUUAAUUUUCUGUGUGAUGUGUGAAAUUGUUGCCAAAAAAAGAGGAAAAAAAAGUGUAUUUUUAUGUGAUACAUUUGACUGUUACUUGGUUUUGCUGUAGUCGUAGGGAGAUGUGCCUGCGUUAACUUAUUGUAAAGUAUUUGCAUUACUUUAUAUUCGAGGAAAGACGUGCAAACUGAUUGUGGUAAAGUGGCACAUUUUGUGGUGGAUACUUGCCUUCUUUUUAAGUAACCUUUUCUAACCUUCGUUUGUAGUUGUAGACUUCAAGACAUUUCAUUUUAUACUACUUAUUUUUUUUUUCUGGGUAGCAUUGUGUAGUUUUGGUAUAUUUCAUUUUGUACUUAACUGUAGUAGUUUUUUUUAAUCAGGUCUUACGAAAUAUUGCUGGGACUGUUUUUUGUAGCAAAGCAAAAAUAAACAUACAAA